GCUGUUGCAGUGCUCACGCCCCCUGCACCACCGCCACCCCCCAUCCAAGGAUAUGCCUUCAAGCCUCCACCGAGACCCGACUUCGGGACCUCUGGGAGAACAAUCAAGUUACAGGCCAACUUCUUUGAAAUGGACAUUCCAAAAAUUGACAUCUAUCACUAUGAAUUGGAUAUCAAGCCGGAGAAAUGCCCGAGGAGAGUUAACAGGGAAAUAGUGGAACAUAUGGUCCAGCACUUUAAAACACAGAUCUUUGGGGACCGGAAGCCAGUGUUUGAUGGAAGAAAGAACCUCUACACAGCGAUGCCUCUUCCAAUCGGAAGGGAGAAGGUGGAGCUGGAGGUCACGUUGCCAGGAGAAGGGAAGGACCGCAUCUUCAAGGUGUCCAUCAAGUGGGUGUCCUGUGUGAGCUUGCAGGCGUUACACGAUGCACUUUCGGGGCGGCUGCCCAGCGUCCCCUUUGAGACGAUCCAGGCCUUGGACGUGGUCAUGAGGCACCUGCCGUCCAUGAGGUACACCCCCGUGGGCCGCUCCUUCUUUACCGCGUCCGAGGGCUGCUCCAACCCCCUGGGUGGGGGCCGAGAGGUGUGGUUCGGCUUCCAUCAGUCCGUCCGGCCUUCUCUUUGGAAAAUGAUGCUGAAUAUUGACGUCUCAGCAACCGCGUUUUAUAAGGCACAGCCAGUAAUCGAGUUUGUUUGUGAAGUUUUGGAUUUUAAAAGUAUUGAAGAACAACAAAAACCUCUGACAGAUUCCCAAAGGGUCAAGUUUACCAAAGAAAUCAAAGGUCUGAAGGUGGAGAUCACGCACUGCGGGCAGAUGAAGAGGAAGUACCGCGUCUGCAACGUGACCCGGCGGCCCGCCAGCCACCAAACAUUCCCUCUGCAGCAAGAGAGCGGGCAGACGGUGGAGUGCACGGUGGCCCAGUACUUCAAGGACAGGCACAAGCUGGUUCUACGUUACCCCCACCUCCCGUGUUUACAAGUCGGACAGGAGCAGAAACACACCUACCUUCCCCUAGAGGUCUGUAACAUAGUGGCAGGACAGAGAUGUAUAAAAAAGUUGACCGACAAUCAGACCUCAACCAUGAUCAGAGCGACUGCCAGGUCAGCGCCCGACCGGCAAGAAGAGAUUAGCAAGCUGAUGAGAAGCGCGAGUUUUAACACAGACCCGUAUGUCCGGGAAUUUGGAAUCAUGGUCAAAGACGAGAUGACAGAUGUGACCGGGCGGGUCCUGCAGCCGCCCUCCAUCCUCUACGGGGGCAGGAACAAAGCGAUCGCCACCCCUGUCCAGGGCGUCUGGGACAUGCGGAACAAGCAGUUUCACACGGGCAUUGAGAUCAAGGUGUGGGCCAUCGCCUGCUUCGCGCCCCAGCGCCAGUGCACGGAGGUCCACCUCAAGUCCUUCACGGAGCAACUCAGAAAGAUCUCGAGAGAUGCAGGGAUGCCCAUCCAGGGCCAGCCGUGCUUCUGCAAAUACGCGCAGGGGGCUGACAGCGUGGAGCCCAUGUUCAGGCACCUGAAGAACACGUACUCCGGCCUGCAGCUGGUGGUGGUCAUCCUGCCCGGCAAGACCCCCGUGUACGCCGAGGUCAAGCGCGUGGGGGACACGGUGCUGGGGAUGGCCACGCAGUGUGUGCAGAUGAAAAACGUGCAACGGACCACACCGCAGACGCUGUCCAACCUCUGCUUGAAGAUCAAUGUCAAGCUGGGAGGCGUGAACAACAUCCUACUGCCCCAGGGGAGGCCUCCAGUGUUCCAGCAGCCCGUCAUCUUUCUGGGGGCCGAUGUCACUCACCCACCCGCUGGGGACGGGAAGAAGCCUUCCAUCGCUGCCGUCGUGGGCAGCAUGGACGCGCACCCCAAUCGCUACUGCGCCACCGUGCGGGUUCAGCAGCACCGUCAGGAGAUCAUCCAAGACCUGGCCGCCAUGGUCCGUGAGCUGCUCAUCCAGUUCUACAAGUCCACACGCUUCAAGCCCACCCGCAUCAUCUUCUACCGCGACGGCGUCUCCGAAGGGCAGUUUCAGCAGGUUCUCCACCACGAGCUGCUGGCCAUCCGCGAGGCUUGCAUUAAGCUGGAGAAAGACUACCAGCCAGGAAUCACGUUCAUCGUGGUCCAGAAGAGGCAUCACACGCGGCUCUUCUGCACGGACAAGAACGAGCGGGUUGGGAAAAGCGGAAACAUUCCAGCAGGCACAACCGUUGACACGAAGAUCACCCACCCGACCGAGUUUGACUUCUACCUGUGCAGUCACGCUGGCAUCCAGGGGACAAGCAGGCCUUCCCACUAUCACGUGCUAUGGGACGACAAUCGUUUCUCCUCCGAUGAGCUGCAGAUUCUCACCUACCAGCUGUGUCACACCUACGUGCGCUGCACGCGCUCCGUGUCCAUCCCGGCACCGGCAUACUAUGCUCACCUGGUGGCGUUCCGGGCCAGGUACCACCUGGUGGACAAAGAACAUGACAGUGCUGAAGGAAGCCAUACCUCCGGGCAGAGUAAUGGACGAGACCAUCAGGCAUUGGCCAAGGCAGUCCAGGUUCACCAGGACACACUGCGUACCAUGUACUUCGCGUGACAGGUGGUCGUGUUUACGAUUGUGUGCCGAGUUGGAUUCACAUGAGACCAGCUACACUCAGACCAACAGACGCCCAGCCCUUCCAUGACAGCCAGCAUCGAACAUGAGACGUCAUCGAUUUUAGCAGUCUCUGUUUUCCAGAAUGCCUUCCGUCCCAGAUUUCAAACUUGGAUUUUGAACUGCAGACCUGUAUGAGACCCCAUUUUCGUAGGAAAUAAUGGUUUGCCAAAAUCGUAUAAGCUGCUGAUUAAAAUAGAGUCCCUUGUUUCCUAAACAUCUAAAAGCAGUCUAUGAACUCAGGGCUUUAAAACAUUUUUAAUUUAUUUGAUCAUUCAAUUUGUUUGUAACACAUGAUUCUCUAUGAAAUUGAUGGGCUCAAACUAGCUGUGAACAUUCUUUGAGAGUGAAAGCAACGAAAAAACACAAUUGUGGUUUUAAAGCCUUGAACAUUCAAAUGUCACUAAAGUUCAUUUGAAAGUGAUGCUGGUGUGCUCCUGACUUGGCUCACACAGGCUCUUCAGGACCCAAGGGCAGGUGGCCGUGCCAGGGCGCCCACGGGUGUCUCGAUCUGCCACCGCCCGCCUUUCACUCAGCUCAAAAUAAGGGGCGGUGGCAGAGGGUGGUCCACGUGCGUUUACAACAUUUCUAGGUCCAGAGAGAUUGGCAGACAAGUGCCAUUUUAAUAAAAAUUUAUUAAAAAAAAAAAAAAGAAAAAGGACAAUAUGCUAACAGUCUAAUAAGAUUUGUCCUAUAGGACUGUGACAUUUAUUUUCCAAAGUUUCUAAAGAAUACGGGUCUGUGGUGAUAAAUACAGUACAAUCCUUUUUCACUGUUAUGUCUUUAAUGUAAGAAAAAAUAUAUAUUAUCUGGUUUGCAGUAUUAAUGUGAUAGAUAGAUGCUGUUUUUUCAUUUUAUUGACUACGGGGUGCUUCUUGUGAUCUGUUUAGCAUAUCAAGAGUGUUUCAGAGCCUGGAGACUGGACCACUUGUUGUGGUCCUCAGUGCUUAAGUACAGGAGUAUGCAAUUGACUUGAUGUGACAGCCACCCGCCUCCCCACGGUGUAGAUUGUGUCACCUGUGCCAUCGGGAGCACCGGGUUUGCUCACAGCAGUCACUCACCACCCUCCCUGCCUCAUGCCCGUGUGUUGCUCAGCCGAUUAAGCACAAAUGGAAUGUAUGUAUCCUUCCACUCCGGAGAAGCAAGUCCGUGUGUCAGAGCCCACUCCCCUCUGUGUCUGGUUUUGUUCCACGAGCUUCAUAGGAUCUAUGCACUGAAACACAUAGAAAGCUGUUGGUGGCUCUGUGUUGGGUACGAGGCCAGCAGUCCGUGGCGGAGCCCUGCCCUCAGGACGAUGGCUGACGGAAGCCAGCAGAAGAGGCGGACCCUCCUGCUAGGAUGUGCGUUCUGAGCCUCGGACAUGGCUUUGCCAAUCUAGAAACGAUUGCCCUCAGAGCGGUACCAUGGACAGCUCAAGAAGGGUAACCACAGACAGCUCUGUUUGGGCUAACUGGGCUUUUUGUCCUUGUCGGCAGUUUUAUUAACUUGAUAGUCCAACGUUCAUGUAGACUUUCAAGGAAGGCCAUGAGCCUUCCCCAGUGCUGCUGUGUGCUCUGCAGGUUUCCUGACCCUGCUGACGGCCCUCCCCACCUGGCCGGUGGCGCAGUUGUAGAUGAGGGACCCACAGGGGUACCUCCUGCUGGAGUGAGUACCCACCUCAGUUGUCUGUCCUGUCUGCCAGCUCUGAGAGGCGGGAGGUGGCAGGGAACCACCGGUGGUGUUCUAGUGGACACUUGGCCUAGAUUUUGGUGGUGAUGACAAAGAGAUGACUAUUUGAAGAUAUCUACCCAGAGUGGUGCGUGCGUGUGUAAGGGUGCGUGACCGUGUGUGCAUGUGGGUGUCUUAUUAAUGGCAUUAGUCUCUUCUUGCUGUAUCUUUUUUUUUUUUUUUUGGUCUUUUUGAAUGACAGAAGCCUCUGCUCCAAAAAAUGUUGCAGUUCCCUGUCGUUUUAUUGGCAAGUGGCACUUUCUCCUGUUUUCAGAAGGGUAAUAAUACAUUCUUGGCUUAAAUGAUCACAAGCAUUCAAGCUGAGGAGGGGGUCUUCACUGAUAACACUUUUAAAUUCUGAAAUUAGGUUGGUUUUUGGGCCAUGUUUAGAAUUACCUAGAACCAUGUUUCUCAAAGGUGUGUGUUUCUACCACCGGGAUCUCGGUGGGGGGCAGUGGUGGUGCUUGAACUCCUGGGCUGGCUGCGGUCCUGCUGCAGCCAGUUCUCCAGGGCUGCCCGAAGUCUGAGAGCCCUUGAUCUAGAGCUUUCUGAAGAGAGAGGGCCCUCCUUCCAGCACGGAGGGCCCAGUGGCAAUGCAGGGAGACGUUUUCUAAGCUAAAACCUAGGAAAGACUGCAGGCUGGCAGAAAAUUGGAACUGAAUUUUUUUUUUUUUCAAAUUAUUUUGAAGGCAAAGUUUUCUUUUCCAUGGGCCAAAGUACUUUGGGAAGGAUGCUUUAUAUAGCCCUAUGCUUGUUGUAUGAAACUUUUCAUGCUAAAAACAUUAACAGACCAAAUGUGUCCAGCUGGAUUGGCUGCACCCCUUAGUACAUGUCUGAUGAUUCGGAAUUCAAGUGGUUUGGCUGUCAGUACAGUCUCUCAGGUAAACGUUUCCCCAAAUUUCUACCAGCCCGCCACCCCCCCCCCAAUUAUUAGGAUAAAUUAUGAGUUCUGAGACAGCGUGCAACCUCACAGCACAGUAGAAACAGACCAAGCCCUGUUCAUUGGGAAGCCGCAGGGGCCCUUUGCCGUCUUCUGGCUGUUCUCGCACCUACACAGGGCCCCCUCACGCCCACGGCCGAGAAGGGGCCCCCUUGCACUUGACUGGCUCUGCCCCAUCCCACUGUUGAGUAAGGUGUGCCUUGCUUUAAGCAAACUGCAUGUGAAGGUGAUGAUGUUGACGUCAUGCUUCAUGUCCAAGAAAAACAGGCUGAUCUUGCCCCUUUAGAAGAGGCCUUGCAGUGAGCGUCUCGUACUGGUGUUCUCCUAGUGUAUUUUAAACUGCUUGCCUUGGGAAAGAUGCAUAGGUUCCCGUCCCUUCACGGUGUCGUGCGCUGCACAAGUGCUCGCCCUAAGAAACCCUGAGGAGCCGUCAAGGUCACCACGGUUCACCCUUUGGUGACGUUAAGACUAACGCCCCCCGGCCCCACCCCCGCUCCCUCUGUAUUAGUCUAUGCUCAGAUUUCCCUGGUUCGGGUGAAGUUUGUAGAACUGGCCAGACCUGUACUUUUAGAAAGGGGUCGUUUUAUUGGGGUUUUGGUUUGGGGUUUCUGCUUUGGGAAAUCUUCACACGUACGCUUGACUCACUACGUAUUAGGAGCUGCCUUUUUCCCCUCAAGAUUCUUAGUCUUUUUGGUAGUGUUCCCACACUCGCUCGAAUGAAUGUGUGCACCCCGGAACCACACGCUGGGCUUGGCACUGGCUGGCCCUGAGGGUUGCUGUUGGGAACAGAGUAACUUCCAAGCUAUUUGAGGUGGCUGUAGUCACUGCUACCCCUACCGUUCAGUCCAGGUGAUCGGGUGCCGGUCACAAGGGACAACUUAGGCCCAGUUCCUCCAGGCAGGGUUGGCAGGAGGGUUAUUGAUGUUGUGUGUUAUUUUUAUUAUUGUUAAAUGCAGGUGUUGCUAUUUAUUUUUUUCCUUUCCAAUGCGGAUAUCGCAGUGCAGGUGGUACCUGGUACAGACGAUAGAAAUUACUUUCCCCAAACUUUUAUACAUCACCUAAUGUUUACCUUCAAGUUUGCCGGAUGGUUUAUUUUUUGAAAGCCACUGGUUUAUUUUUUGAAAGGCACAAAUGUAAUUUUUCUGGAUGAAUUGUUUUUCUUAAUAUAUGCAGCGAUGUGACUUUACAUUGAUCUGCGGGGUGGUUUAGAUUUUAUUUUUGCAAGGCAGUUUUUCAGUCAAAUUAUAUAUUUGAUACAAUAUGUUAAGGGUGGACCAGCCAAGCGUUGUGCAUUUGGGACACCAGAGUGUGUGUCCCUAGGAGGCCCGUGGGGCCGGGCCGGCUUCUCUUGGUCGCCCAAUGUCAUGGAAACACUUGGCUUGUCCCUGGAGCCGGCAGGAUCUGGGGUAGUCCAACGGGACUUUGAGCUGUCGGACAGUUAAAAGGAUUUUUAUGGGCAUUUUCCUACACCUAAGGCGGUUCCUUUCGGAGGACCUUUAGAAGUUGACAUAUCCAGACAGUGGACAAUCCCAGUGGCCCGGACAAGCCAUAGACAUUUGCCUGUGACCUCUGUUUGACUCAUCUCUCAACGCUCACGAGAAAAGGAAUGUACAAUAGUAGAAACUUCCUCAGUGUUCGUACGCCUCACAUUCACAGAUGCAACUAUCUUAUUUAUAUUUUCAUCCCUCCCCAAAGUCACCGAGAGAACGCUGUCUUCUGGCUGCCGUGCCGGCAGGUGUGGCUGCUGUGAUGUUUCACGGUGUAGACACAGCGCACGUGUGACUUUGUAGUGGGGCUGUCCGUGUUACACACACACAUGCUGACUCUCUCUUUGUAAGGAAAAUUUUCAACUCAACAAUAAUUGCACUGAUUUUUGACAACAUCCUUAUUAUGUCCAACUUGGCACCUGCUGUACUUGUCUGAAAUGAUUGUAAAUAGAUUUAGGCUAGCGGAAGUGACAUGGCUACAACACAUUGCUUUGUUUUAGCGACACUGCCAUGUUUCUCAGUAUUAUGUGUUAGAGCUGUGUGGAUUGAAUUCUGUUUUUUAGCCGCGUGUGUCUGCUGGCUGUUCAUGAAGGACAAAUUAGCCUCUUUUUCUUAUGUUGUUUUUUUUUUUUCUGAAAGGAAGUGGGCUCUCUCCUUGAGGCCUGAAGAUUGAAUUGUAAAAGGAUUAAUUGCAAAUCCUUGGAACACUUUUGUGGCCUGUUUAAUUCCUUGUUGUUUGCCAUAAAUCUUGAAAGCAUUUCCCUCCAGUUCCGUCCAGCAUUUGACAGUCUGGACAGGAAGCGUCUGUGUGGCCACCGCUGUUCAGAGGGUGAGGAGCUCCCUGGCUUCUCUUGGGCCAGUUGUCAUUUAAAAGCCAUGCUGUCACUGUCAUGUCAGACCCGUCAUCUGUGGCUGAACCCAUACAUGCUAGAGAGACCUGUUCCUUUAUGCCUUGUGAUUUCUGCUUAAGGUUCAUAGUAUUUGCUGCAGCCCACCAUGUGGAAUUCUGUGUGUGGUCAGGCUACCCAGUAUCCGACACACAAAGGAGCUCUUACACCCAAGCCAGCCACCUGAGUGUGUGUGACUGUCACGUCGAUGCGGUCAUGGUGCCCUCGCGUAAUGCUUUUCUGGAUGUUUGCCAUGUUACUGUCUAAAAGUGAAUGUAUUGGCUUAGCCAAAUCACUACAGAAGGUGGUUUCUAAAUAAAUACUUUUUAGUUUAAAAAAAAAAAGCAAAUGCAGAUAAGGCUACCUCUGAAUUCUCCGUAGAUUCCUGUUUGCUCUUAAGCGUAGCUGUCCACACUGAAAAUAGCCAAAAUGUCGCCCGAAUAAACUGAGUUGUGACCAUCUAUCUCUCUGUUCGGUUCUGGCUUGAAAAUGUGUGUGCCAUACUGUGACCCGUGGGCCCCCUCCUCCCCAUCUGAGGUGUCAGCCGUAGACCGGUGCCUCCUCAGGGCUGCCCGGCCCCGAGGUUCCAGGAUUCCAUGCGGCCAGCAGGCAUGACACGGGACGCUUCUCGGCUGUCCUCGCUGUCCUUGCUCCGGCCGGCAGAAGUCCAGGAGUCUCGAUGUGGGGCCGUGUGCGGCCGGAACCUCGAACCGGCCUGCUCUCCUGGCUCCUCGUGUCCCUGUUCCAUAUAAGAAGCACUUUUUUUUCCUCCUUUACUUAUGAAUGGGUUGAAAAUGGCUCCCUCUGCUCUCUCUUCUCUUUUUGGAAACUCUAAAAGUAGCCGCAUGGUUUUGAAAAACGAUGCAGGCAUCAUUGACCUCUGAUUUUGGAACCUGGAGUCACUGUCGCUCCCGACUUAACACUGAUCUAAAGUCUGAACGCAGAAUGUUCUGUUCAAAUCCAAGGUCCCUUGUUUGAAAGGAACACGGGCUCCACAGCAGUGUCAUGACGGUCCCACACCCGGUGCCCCCUGGCAGGACCCCUGUCCUGGGAGCCGCUAGGACGCUGAAUACCCUUUCCCCGUGGUUAACCACUUUGCUCUUAGAAAGGUCCCCUGUUCACACCCUCUGUGGGUCAGUCGUCACCCUCUGCUUCCUUUGUGUCUUUUUCUGGGUUCCCUGUGCUCUCAUCCUCGAGAGGCUGGCAUUGGCUCCGAACAGCUCCCUUGGUUUGCUCUUAAAUUCUGGAGGCGCAGGUGGGCGCUUUUGCAAUGGCCGGUGUCUGGGUGUGUGGAGGUGGCUGUGGUCUCCUACUGGACGCUCAUCAGACAUUGACUUCGGCCCAGAGAGGUCCCAAGUACAUCAUCACAUGGAAGUAAUUGCCUUUAACCCUGUUGUGUAGAGUUUUGAUGCUUUUCAUGCUACAGGGCGUGCUUUAAUUCUGAAAGAGCUAAGUGUCCUUCGCGGUCUUUCUAAGAAUGUUUUGUAAUUCUGCGAUCACACUGGCCACCCCAAGGAGCAUGGACGUGUAGGGUGGGUGCCCACAUGUCGGCUGACCUGCCUCCGAGGCUGCUUGGGGCCUCUGGGUUGGCCUCGUUUUCAGCCAGAAUCCCACACAGGGUGUUUCAGGGGACACUGCACAGCGGCCCCUGCUCGAUGCGGUGAUGUGAACUGAACUCAGAUGCACCCAUCAGCUUUUCGUGAGCAUGUCUUCAUAACCCUGAAGUGGGCCUCGCCCACCAUGUUUGCGUUCAUGAAAGUUGAUGAGAAAAAGAGAGAACUGAAGUUGUGGGUGCUUUGGCUAACACUUCUCUGUCGUAUUGGCUGACGGACACAUUUUAGAUGUGUGAGAGCUUUACGUGCCCUUGUGGUGUGACUGAAGGGUGGAGCCCUUACCUCCCCCCACCGCCUUCCCGGUGGGUUGGAGGAGGCCGAAUUAUCUCCUAUUUUCAAUCCCCCUCGACUUAAGCAGUGCAGAGUUCAAGCUGGAACACCACGUAUUAACUCUUCCCCUCAAGUGUCUCCAGGAACUAGAUGUUGGGGCCAGUCUCUCAGCACUUCUGAAUCUUCAGGGUCCUUCAAACCAUGAGUUGAUCCCAAGAAGAGCCCACACCACCAGGCCAGGUGUGCCAUGCAGAUGGCACCACUUGAUAGAACUAGGUGCUCAUGUGGGGGACCCGAGGCCCCUUUGAACUGUGGGGAUUGUGGGAACAAUCGGGGAGGGAGAGGGCAGGCCCCUCUAAUCCCAGAAGCAGGUGGCACCUGUGCCUCCUCUGGUCUCCGUCGGUACCAGAUGAAGCGUGUUCUGGAAGACCCCGUGUCAGCCUCUGUGCCUUUCAAGUCUGGUCCUCAGUGUCCUCUCAGAAUCCUGGUGGGGCUGCGUUCUUCCUGGGCAGUAAGCCUGUGUCACCCCCAACCCCCGCCACCUUCGGCGCUGCUUCUGCUCCUCAGCUCGUGACUUGGUAAACUGUCACAUCCGUGCGUCCUGUCUCGUGGCAGAAAACGUUAGGCUUCAGUCACAUGACUCCUCCCCUGCCCUGACCUCCAUGCCUUCCACCUGUAGGGAUCCUGGGACAUGGUGCAAGACCCAUCUCUUAGCCAGGCACUGACCAUGACUAUACGUGCAACAGAGUCACUCAGCAAGAGUGUUUAGCGUAAUGGAACUAGAUUUUUCAUACAGGAGUUUGUGUCUUGGUGAAAUACGUAUGUAGUCCUCAGAUGUAAGGUGCUAUUCAGUCUUACUGUCCUUACUCGGAAUGCUUUUGUUACUGUCCUCUGUUUUUUGAUGGCAGGGGAACCUCUCUGGCUUUGGCGUGGGUGUCACCUCGGGCCGCGCACGCAUGGCUCCAAUUCUGAUGAAUCCGAAAUGCAGUGUGUAGGUCUGACUUCUCAAGCCAGGUUUUGAGCACUUUUCUUGGCUAAAGGUCUUGUUAAAAACCUGCCUUCCCAGAGGGAAGGGGGUUGUCACCUUGUGAGGGGGUGAAAAGGAUAACUGUUGCAUUGUUUUGUACACCUGAAAUUAAUAAUAAUAAUAAUAAUAAUAAUAAAUAAAGUAAAAACCUGCCUUCCCUGUCAAGGGAUGGUUUUAUUGGUUUUAAGCGGGGGAAAUAAUGCAACGUUACUUCUUUUACAAAUGUAGAGAAAAGCCUUUUUAGUGGCUUCUCUUGGCUGUCCUGUCACCCCAAACCCUCCACGCUGAGUGGCAAUGGCCUUGCCCUCAGCACAGGCGCUGGCUGCGGUGGGAACAAUACACUCACAGUUUUGGUUCCUCUUCAAAGCCAAAUACACACCCGACUAAAAGCCCGAAGGUACAUAGUUUAGCACUAAAUUGGAAUUUGAGUCCCGAGUUUGAUAAUGGAUUUUAAUGUAGUUGUUGAAGGUAUGAACUCAUGUUUUAUAAUUGUAGAGGCAAGUGAGUUUUUACUUUUUAAAAUGUUUUAAGAGAAUAACUGUUAAGUUUCUGUGCAGCAAAGUGGCUCAUGGCUCAUUAAAUACAAGACAAGAAUGUAAGGUCUAUACCCAGCUUUUUCUUACCUCUGGUACACUGCAGAUUACUUACCUACUAUGUAUUGAGGGGUUUGAACACUGAGUUUUAUCAACUUUUCUAGGUUUAUUUUAUUUUUAUAAAAUAAUGGAAAAAGAACCAAAAAUGAAUUCAAAAGUUCCACAGGUAGAUCUUGCCCCUUCUUAAUUCCCGCGCCCCCUCCGUCCCCCACAGUGAAUCAUUUUAGAAGACAUUUUGAAUCAAAAUGUAUUACAACCAUUUGAAGUUUACGAUUUUCUAAGAAGCUGAGCAGCUCCCAGGGCCUUGUUUCAGAUGCUGCCCUCCAUGCGGUCUGUGGACUCGCUUCUGCCUGUGCGGGGAGGGGGGGGGUCUGUGUGACACUGUCUCGUGCUUGCAAUAUAGAAACUGUGCAGUGCUUUCUGUAAAUUGACAGUUCCUGUAUAAACGAGUAUUUAUAUCCGUUGGCCUCUCUGUGUAACGUUUCAUUUGCUCCAUGAAUUGUAAAAUUAAUUAUAAAAAUUAUAGUACCUGCUAAAUACAACUCUGAGGCCUCACGUCCUUGUCUUUAGUUACCGCCAUUCUGUGUGUUUUGAGGAUGUCCAGUGCUUGCAUGAUGCCAGGUGGUGAUGCCACUUUAAAUUAAGCCUUAAUCAGAUGUUAAAUUUGUAAGUUUCAGAGUAUGCAAAAAUAUUAGGCAGAGUGAGUGUAAACUGUUCAGAUCAAGAUGCUAUACCAUAAUUCAACAAGUCUUUUCUCCAUAGUUACAAAGGGAAACUUUCAGUGAUACAGCUAGCUCGCUCACGCUCUCUCUCUCUCUCUCUCUCUCUCUCUCUCUCUCUCUCUCUCUGGUCUAGCUUGGCUGUCACUGUCACUUGAUGAAAAUGGACCGUUGUGCAUUUCUGUGGCAGUCAGUCAAAAAGACCUGUUCUGAAAGUACUGAAAGUAUUGAGACUUUUUCAGGGUUAUUUUUAAAUAUUUGGAUUUUUUUUCCCUCCGGUCUGAGAUUUAUUUAUGGCUAAUGGAGAGUGUGAUUUGGGCAUAAAUCUUAUUUGCAAACCCGCUCAUGUUCUAAGCUUUCUUCAGGUAGUGCCACCUGCCGUUGCUUCUGCAUAUGAUUCAGUGGAUUUUUGUUUUUGUAAAAGCAUCUUAAAUUUAGACAUAAAAUGGAGGGGACCCAGCUUUCUUUACAAUGUGGAUCUACCUCAGUUAAACAGUUGGGUGCUAUUUACUAAGUCUGUCAAAUUAAAUUGGAAAAAGUAACCAAACAGUGAGAUACAACUCCAGGUGAAGCUUGAAGUCAUAAUUUCCGUUUAUUUAAUAAUAUUUUUAUUUAUUUUGUGCCUUUUGUGUUGAAUCCUAAUGCAUUGAAAAAAAAUCAGUUUGAAAUUAAAUAUUUUCUAUUGCAGGUGGUGAGAAAAGCCCAAUUUGUCAUGGAAUUUGAUAGAUUCCCCCCAGCCAACCACUAAUAUAUAUUGGAAUCCCAACUGCCCUCUUACAAAAAGGAAAAAAAUAUAUAUCCAAGAGAAAAUGUAUCAUUUUACAAACAAAUUCCAAACUCUUCUAUGCAUAUAUAUAUAUUUAUAGCUAUCACUUCAUUUUCUGUGCCAAUGAAGGGGCGGCCAAAAACAUCUCACGUGUACUCUUAUCAUUGCUUUUUUCCGCCAUGUGGGCCCCCUCUUCCUCUGGCCUAUAAGUUUAUUUCAUAAGCAGCAGAUGCACUGUCGUCAGUAUCACCUCUCCUGACCUGGUGGAGGUGACAAUGACCACAUGGACAGAGGAAGGGGGAGCUCACAAGGCCAUCGGAGAGGGGAAGGCCUGCAUUGACGGAGCUCCCAGGUUCCCAUGCGUUAGGAAAGCUUUCUGGCAGGUGCGAAAAUAAGAGAUUGAUGCUUUUAUAUUUGGCAGUUUACAAUUCUAGACUUUUCCUACUAUGGCGAUCUUUUUUAACUUAAUUCUUUGGAGGUAACGCAAUAUUUUGGAGUCUUAAGAAUUUGAUUUUGUACCAAUAAAAAAUAAAACUUAGGGAUCUUUCCUGUAGUAUAUAGUUUUACUAUUUUAAAGAGAUCUCUGAAUUUUACAAGAGAACCAACAUUCCUUAGUGGCAAAACUUUGAAAGUGGAUUUGGGAGGCUUUUUGCUGCAGGAUCUCAAAAAAAAAGGGGGGGGGAUGAUUCUAGUUAAAUGUCUUUAAUUUUUAAACUCCCAUCAGGUCGACCCUUAAGCUAUAUUUUGUAAAGAGUAAAUCACCCUUUAGUAUGCUGCAUAUAAAGAUCCGCAUCGUUGCACUUUCUCAAUAAUAAUUAAUGCCCUACGAUUGGCUCACCAGUAAGCAUUUGGUUUUUUACCUAACCAGAGUACUUUAGGGCAGGUGAUUCAAUUUAUAUAGGUACCUCAAGAAAAAAACCUGAAUAUGCUGCAUUUUAUUUCUUUAGCUUUUAUAUGUAGCAUUUUGUUUUGCUCUUAUUAUUUCAUUUAGAUAUAUGCUUUUUGGACCCCAAUAGACUGUUGAAAGAAAAUUUAAAAUUACCCUUGUAGGGAUACAGUAUCCUUUAAAAAAAAGAAAAAAAGAAAAAAAAUACUUCAAUUUCUUGUUCAGAGGUUGCCCACCAGUAGAAUAAUACUUCACCCAAACAUACCUGAGAAAAAGGACACCAUGUCUAUCAGCAGACAGUAAUGGUCCCGUCCUUUCCGUUCAUGCUGCUUUCUUGAUUCUUUUCUCCACGUCAUCAAGAGGUGGGUGACGUAUUUCUAAGGUCAAACUUCAACACUGUGGCAUCUUGAUGUUUUCAACACAGACCUCACACAGUUGCCACUGAGUCAGUAGCGUGAUCCUAAAGGUGUUGCUGGCAUUCGGCAGUCACAUCAGUGUGGCCGCCCUGAAGCGCCAGUCUUCACAUCUCUCUAUUCCCAGCACUCGCCCUGAACUGAACAGAUGGGGAGUGGUCUUGAUUGACGAAAGAUAAACUGGUGAAGAAAGCUAACUGCCGAGACUGAGCAUCUAUUGUCGUGUUUAAGCUUAGCUGGGUCCUUUCGAGUUUGUUUUACAGCUUACUAGAUUAAGUAGUUUGCACUAUUUUUGCAAUAAAUUCAUGGAAAACCUAACAGUUAUUUGUUUUGUUUCUUACUGUGUGUAUAUAAACUAAUACUAAAAGUUUGGCAUAGUGUUUUUUCACCUCCUUACAUAACCCCUUUAACAUGCACAGAAUGCUGUAAAUCUGAUAAAAAUAUGAUGUGAAUGAUAUUUUAUAAAGUUAUUUUGUAUGGUGUCAAUUUUGUUUUGCCUCAUAGUAUGUCAGCAAAAAGUAAAAUAAAAUUCCUUGUAUUUA